GAGCUGCGCCAGCUUGUGCCAUCCGUGUCGUUCCGCGCCGGAACGCCAUGCUCCGACAAUCGCUCGCCCGGCUAGGCCCGGCCCUCCGCGGCGCGGGCGCGCCGUCGCCGCUCGCCCGGGCGGCGGCCCCGUUUUCCUCCGUCGGCGGCCAGUCGUCGGAGAACAUCAAAUACUUUAAGAUCUACCGGUGGGACCCCGAGGUGCCGGGCCAGAAGCCCUACACGUCGACGUACCCCGUGGACCUCGACGACUGCGGCCCCAUGGUGCUCGACGCGCUGAUCAAGAUCAAGGCGGAGCAGGAGCCCGGGCUCACGUUCCGGCGGUCGUGCCGCGAGGGCAUCUGCGGGAGCUGCGCGAUGAACAUCAACGGGACGAACACGCUCGCGUGCCUCUGCUACAUCACGGCGCCCGGCGAGAGCAAGUCGGAGAAGCCCGUGACGAUCAACCCGCUGCCCCACAUGUACGUCAUCAAGGACCUCGUCGCCGACAUGACGAACUUCUACGACCAGUACCGGUCGAUCAAGCCCUGGCUCCGGACCAAGGAGGAGCACGACCUGGGCAAGGGCGAGGAGCAUCUGCAGAGCGUCGUCGACCGCAAGAAGCUCGACGGCAUGUACGAGUGCAUCCUCUGCGCGUGCUGCUCCACGUCCUGCCCGUCGUACUGGUGGAACGCGGACAGCUACCUCGGCCCCGCGGUGCUCAUGCAGGCCUACCGGUGGAUCGAGGACUCGCGCGACGAGUUCCGCGAGGAGCGCCUCGCGGAGCUCGACGACGCCUUCAAGCUCUACCGGUGCCACACGAUCAUGAACUGCUCCAAGACCUGCCCCAAGCACCUCAACCCGGGCAAGGCCAUCGGCGAGAUCAAGAAGGCCAUCGCCGACGGCCACUAGGCCGCGGCGCCCCCCUCCGUUGUGCUAUACAUCAUUACUGCUUC